GGCAGUAGAGGACCAGUUGCAAGAGAUUGGCUUUGCAGUAGAUGAUGGAUAGGAGGAUUCACGAGUAAUCUUUGGCUACUUUAAUUUGUUUUUAGGAGCUUUCUACCGGCUUUGUACUGGUAACUAAGUGCUGGUAUGGUGUUCUCUUCGGCUUUUUUGGGUGAUCAACUUUGUUCAGUGUGCGAGAAGUUGUGGCCUAUUCUCUCUGUUGCUCAUGGUUCAGCCGACACCUUGUUGGUUUUAGAGGAGUGCCGCUUGGUUGUUUUUGGUGUUCAUGUUACUCUGGAUUGGUUGCCUUACUGUGCAGACAUGUUUUCACCAUUGCUUCUAGCAAAUUCAGUCCAAAUUGCAAGUAUGAUGAGGACUUGUAUUGCUAAGGAUGAAUUUGAAAGGCAUGAGGGGUGCAAAUGCUUUUCACAUUGUUUGGUAGUGGUGGUUAUGCUCUAUUUGGAUAAUGCCAAGGGCAUCUUCUUUAUUGACUAG